UUUUCCAUUUUGAAAAUGAUUAAACUCACUCUAUGUCGAUGUGAACUGAAUUUGAAUUAAUUUUCUGAAAGCGCGAGCUUUUAAAAACGAGUUCCAAACAGCAAAGGUCAAAGUGGAGUCCAGCGCGCGCACGAUUAAAAGCAGACAGGAAGUGUGUGAAUACACUUCCGGUCUGCCUUUUCUUCAAAGAAACAUGUUUUGAAACAUUGACGCUAAACGACGUUUUUUUCCACAGAAAAAACACGACGUAAACAAACAGCUGCGCAACAUGAACUACGUACCGGGGACCGCGAGUCUCAUCGACGACAUCGACAAGAAACACCUGGUGCUGCUCAGAGACGGCAGAACUUUGAUCGGUUUCCUCAGAAGCAUCGAUCAGUUUGCCAAUUUAGUUUUCCAUCAGACAGUGGAGCGGAUCCACGUGGGGAAGAAGUUUGGUGACAUUCCCAGAGGAAUAUUCAUCGUGAGAGGAGAGAACGUGGUCCUGCUGGGAGAGAUCGACGUGGACAAACCGUGCGACACCGUCCUGCAGCAAGUAUCCAUUGAAGAGAUUCUGGAGGAGCAGCGAUUACAGCAACAAGCCAAACAGGAGACAGAGAAAGUCAAAAUGCAGGUCUUAAAGGACCGAGGCCUUUCCAUCCCCAAAGCCGAUAAUCUGGACGAAUACUGACGUCACCCUUGUUUUUCCUCGGUUUGUUUUGGGACUCCUAAUUUUAUUUGAUGUUUUACGUGUUCACGGCUGCAUCAUGUCGAGCCUCUUUACUGUAACAAUUUAAUUUAGAUCGGAGGAAGAAACGGGAAAAGUGAUCUCAGUUUUGCAGCAAAGCGAUAAAAUCAUGUGAUGGUUAUUUUUGCCAACUUAGCAAUUAUUUCACAGCAGCACUUUGUACUCAUGAUGUGGAUGUUUUUUUUUUAUUUGUGGAUGAGCUUUUGACAGAAUGACAUGCUGUGUUCAUUAAAGAGCUUACUUUUUCUUUAUGGACGAUCUGCUUGGAAAAA